AGACAGACAGAGAAGUGUUUGCGUUGUUUGUGAAGACACAAAAAUUGGAAAAGGAAAUCUGUCUAAACUUAGAUAUUCGAAGUACGACGAGAAAGACACUCAGAAAAAAAAACAGUUUAUAUAUAUCUUGUUUGUGCUGUACUUAGAAUGGUGAACUUGGGUAGUGGUGACAUGUACAGUACAGUAAGCAACAUGGAAGCCACACCGUUGAAGCACUCCUUCUCCAUCAGCUCCCUCUUGUCCGAGGCCGUCCUCAACGCCGUCCCCGAGCACCGACCGGAGCCGCAGCCGCCCAAGAACGAGCUCAUCCUCCAGGACUUCGAGAUGACGGGCGCCGUGGACGAAGAGGAGGAGGAGGACAUCGACGUCACAGGAGCCGCCAGCCCUCUGGUCCCCACUACAGCUACAACGCCCUCAUCAUGAUGGCCAUCCGGUCAUCCCCCGAGAAGCGCCUCACCCUCAGCGGCAUCUACGAGUUCAUCAUGAAGAACUUCCCGUACUACCGCGAGAACAAGCAGGGCUGGCAGAACUCCAUCCGCCACAACCUCAGCCUCAACAAGUGCUUCGUCAAGGUGCCGCGCCACUACGACGACCCCGGCAAGGGCAACUACUGGA